GCGGUAGCGCUAGGGCCUCGGCAUUCUCCGAGCGGCGCCGAGCUGCUUCGGGUUCAGCCGGCCGCGUCCCAGGGUUUCGAGUGGCGGCGCCGCGGUGCUGAACGAGAGGCUGCGGGCGAGGCCGAAGCCACCCGGCCAGGCCGGAGAGCGCCUCAGUUUCUGUCAGGGCCCGCGCGGCGCGGGUUGCAGAACCGAGGAGGGGGCGGCGCUGCCUCCGUGGCUUGCCGCGACGAGGCUGGUGGAGGCCGGCGGCUGCAGGUUCCCGGCUGGCGCGGAGCGCCCCCCCGCAGAGCCCCGGCCUCCCCUGAGGCGCCUCCCGCCUCCCGCGGCCUCACCUGCGCAGGCCGCUGGGCGCCAGGUGCGGGGGUGUGUGCGCCGCUGGGGCGCCUCCCCCGGCCGCCAGCGGGGCGGAGGCGGGGCCGCAGCGGGGCCUCCGGAGCCUCGGCGUCCGUGCUCACUCUCACCGGUCCGCCCGGCCCCGCGGCGUGAGCUCCUGGGGUCCCCGAGGCUCGGGAUGCUGCUGCCCGCCCGCACCCUCGCUCGCGCGCCGCCGGUCUACCCUGCCCGCGCCGCCCGGGCCGUGCCCCGCGGUGUACAUGCCGGUGGAGCCCUUGGCUCCGAGCCCCUCCGAUCCCCGGCUCCCCGGGGGUGAAAGCAGCCGGCCGGCCAACGGGACUGGUCUCCCAGCCCUGGGGCUCCGUACUCAGAUCUCGGCGUGCUCCGCCGCCUCCGCCACCAUCUGGGCGGGAUCCGGCUCUGGCGUUGGUGAGGAGGGGGUGUGGUGGAGGGAAAGGAAUCCUGGGGGUUUCUGGUCCCCCUUUUUACUUUUUUUGGCCUUCGAGGCUUUAGACUCAGGGAACUCGCUCAUGGCUUUCUUGAUGAAGAAGAAGAAAUUCAAAUUCCAAACCACUUUCACUCUGGAGGAGCUGACUGCGGUCCCCUUCGUGAACGGGGUCCUCUUCUGCAAGGUCCGGCUGCUGGAUGGCGGGGAUUUUGUCAGCCUGUCCUCGAGGGAGGAGGUACAGGAGAAUUGCGUGCGGUGGCGGAAGAAGUUCACCUUUGUGUGUAAGAUGAGCGCUAACCCUGCCACAGGUCUGCUGGACCCCUGCGUCUUCCGAGUAUCUGUGCGCAAGGAGCUGAAAGGUGGGAAGGCUUAUUCCAAGCUGGGCUUUGCUGACUUGAACCUGGCUGAGUUUGCUGGCUCAGGCUCCACCGUGCGCUGCUGCCUGUUGGAGGGAUAUGACACAAAGAACACCCGCCAAGACAACUCCAUCCUCAAGGUCACCAUUGGCAUGUUUCUGCUCUCUGGAGACCCCUGCUUUAAGACGCCACCAUCCACUGCCAAGUCCAUCUCCAUCCCAGGCCAGGACUCCUCCCUGCAGCUGACAUGUAAAGGUGGUGGGACCAGCAGCGGUGGCAGCAGUGGUACCAAUUCUCUGACUGGGUCCCGGCCCCCCAAGGCCCGGCCCACCAUCCUGGGCUCAGGGCUGCCAGAGGAGCCAGACCAGAGCCUGUCCAGUCCUGAGGAGGUGUUCCACUCUGGCCACUCCCGCAACUCCAGCUAUGCCAGUCAGCAGUCCAAGCUCUCUGGCUAUAGCACAGAGCACUCACGCUCCUCCAGCCUGUCUGACUUGACACACCGCCGCAACACGUCCACUAGCAGCAGCGCCUCAGGUGGCCUCAGCAUGGCAGUGGAGGGCCCUGAGGGCAUGGAGCGGGAACACCGGCCCCCUGAGAAGCCUCCCCGGCCCCCACGGCCCCUGCAUCUGUCAGACCGCUCAUUUCGGCGAAAGAAGGACUCGGUGGAGAGCCAUCCAACCUGGGUGGAUGACACUCGGAUUGAUGCAGAUGACAUUGUGGAGAAGAUCGUGCAGAGCCAGGACUUCACCGAUGGCAGCAACACUGAGGACAGCAACCUUCGACUGUUCGUGAGCCGAGAUGGCUCCACCACAUUGAGUGGCAUUCAGCUGGCCAACAGAGUCUCCUCUGGGGUCUAUGAGCCAGUCGUGAUUGAAAGCCACUGAGGGAGCAGUUGUCCAGCUGGAGAAGGGCCUGCCAUCUGGAGUACCCAGGCCCGCACCAUUCCAGGAGGAGCAGGAACCUGCCCUUCGGAUCCGCACCGUAUUGCAUCUGUGCCUCCUCCUACUCUAGCCUGCACCAACCCUCCACAGCAUCAUUCCAUUGCCCUCCUCUCCACCCCAGGACCAUGGGGCCUGGACACCACUGUGAAUAUUCUCCUCUGAACCACUAGAAGGCAGGGGAUAAGACAGAGCUGGCCAGGACUGGCCCCGGCAGAGGACAUGCAGCUGCUCUUCCAUGUUGGGGUGCUUGUGCUUGAGCCUCCCACCUCCCAUAAUCCCUUUACCUUCAGGAGCACCAGCUCCAGCCAGGCUGACAAGGCCUUGCUCCAUUGCCCCUUGCCCUUAAGGGGCUGGACCACCCCCAGAAUCCUGCCACAUGUGACUUUCUGCUUAGUGCUCAGCUGUCCCUAACCUAUCUCCUAGGGGGACCCGCUGGCGGCCUUCUCAGGAGCCAAGACCUCAGACCCAACACUCUGGAUUGAGACCCCCAACCUCCCUCAUGGAAUGUUCUCCUGCUGCCCUGCAGCCUGCACUUUGCACAUGCUCGUCCCCAGCAGAACCACUGGCCCUUGCCCUCCUCCCUCCACACUUUCUCCAGGACUCCUGGGUGCUGUCUGCUGUGCAGCCAGGCCUAGGGUCCAGUAGCCCGGCUGGAACGUGGCAUUGCCCUUUCCCUACAGUAAGCCCAAGCUUAGAUCUAAGACUGGAGCCUAGAAAGAUCUAGCAUCAUGGUGCCAUCUGCCCAGGACUGGCUCCUGAGCAGCUGGCCUUCCUGCAGGAAGGAUGGGGCCCAGCUGUGCUGGGCAAGUAAAGCCCCUUCCUCUGCCCUCAGGUCAGCAGAUCUGGGCUAGGGCCCAGGCUGGAGAGUCAAGUCAGCCAGGUGGGCUGUGACUAGACUGGCCACAGCUGGCUUACCACCGGACAAGCCUCAGUCCUCCCCUGGAGGCAUCCCCUACUUCUGGGCAAGGGACAUGCUUUCCCUGGGGAACAGCCUGGCCCUGUGCCCUGCUCAGCCCUUCCCCUCAACAUCUCUGCUCUGAGUGCUCCCACCUCCAGCACUUUUCUCCAUCCUGUAACUUGCUUGAAGGAGGGUUCUGGCUGCCAGCCUGGCCCUGGACAAACUCCCACCCUUUAAGUUCCACUCAUUUUGUGCCAACCCAGCAGGCUGGUGUUGCCUUAGCCCUGUAGGCCUUUUCUUUUUUUCUCUUUCUAAGUUCACAGUUCUGUAUUUCCUCCUCCCCCAGUGAGGGGAGGUACCUCUGUUCUCCACCCCACCUACUGGCUGGGUCCCAACAGGGCUAGGGGUAGGGAAUACAGGGCACUAAUUCUCUCUGGGUGGGGGAAGGCUGUCCUCCCCAGGUUGGGAGUUUCCUCACCCAGCCUCAUCUGCCCUAGCUGGCAAGAGUUGUGGGUCUCUGUCUCUGACCGCUGGUAUUGGGACCAGACCAUUGCUAGGGGUUUUGUUGUUGCCGUUGUUUAAUCCCCAGUGACUCUUAGGAAUGAGUGUUAGAGGUGCUGCCAAGGCAAGGCAGAGUGUGGGCUCUGGCUGGAGAAGGUUCUAACUGAAGGUUCUGCCCAGCUCCCUUCCUGCCCAGCAGGUACCUGGCACUUUAAAGGAAGCUGACUGCCCAGUCUCCAGAUUAGGUGACCUCUACAUAGAGGGAGCACCGCUCUUCGGUGUCUGACCUCAGCCUGUCAGGGCAUUGUUCCAGUCUGAGUCAAAGUUCUGGGGCUCUAAGCACAAAGCAGCUGGCUCUGGAAGGAAGACCCUCCAAACCAGGAGCCCUUGUUCCACCCACCCAAGCCAAGGUCUGAGCUAAAGCCAAUGACCCUGGAAGGAGACAGCCUGCUAUGUCCUCCUAUGCCAGGCACUGGGCCAGGGUAGCUGGGAUAAGAACUUGGCCACAACCAAAUGAACACUGGCGGGAGCCAGAGGCCAAGAACCUUUCCCCAGUCAGAGAAUCCCCUUGAACUCAGUGAUUCCUGCCAGGUGCACAUAGCACCUGGGCUUCAAAUUCUGUAUGCAGAGAGAAUAUAUUAGAGAUAUUUUUGGAAAGGAAUUGGUCUAUGCAAUACUAGUUUGGAAUCUUCUUAAAAGACCGUUUAAUGUUUCUACUAGGAGAUUUAAAGAAAAUAAAGAUCUACAAUAUUUUUAGGGUUCUUUUCUGCACCCCACAACUGACCACGCUGCAUGAUUUUGCAGGAUGGAGACCACCCUUGUCUCCCUCCCUGUGGGGAGGUGGCUGGGGAGGGGUGUUGUGCUUUUGUUUAACCCCCUCCUUUCUAACUGUUGUCACCACUGCUCCCCAUUCUGUGGGCUGUUUGUAUCUCUGUCCCAGCUUACCGCAGAAAAUGUCAUUGGGAAAAUCAGCCUAGUGUCAGUGUUCGGUUUGGAGGAAAAAUUAAAUGUUGACAUUUUGUUUA